AUGAAAAUUCAUUUUUAUAAGUUUAAUCAAUUCGUCUUCAGCGCGCCUUACAUUCAAAAUAGAUUUGUCAACAUUUUUAACGGUUUUCUUUUUAUAUCUCCACUCUACCCUACUCCACGCUACUCUUCUCCACUCUACUCUUCUCCACUAUACCCUUCUCCACUCUACCCUUCUCCACUCUACCCUUCUCCACCUCUAUCUUUCUCUAAUUCUACCCUUCUCCACUUCUAUUUUUCUCUAAUUCUACCCUUCUCCACUCUACCCUUCUCCACUCUACCUUUCUCCACUCUACCCUUUUCCACUCUACCCUUCUCCACUCUACCCUUCUCCACUCAACUCUUCUCCACUCUACCUUUCCCCACUAUACCCUUCUCCACUCUACCCUUCUCCACUCUAACCUUCUCCACUCUACCCUUCUCCGCUACUAUACCCUUCUCCACUCUACCCUUCUCCACUCUAACCUUCUCCACUCUACCCUUCUCCGCUCUACCCUUCUCCACUCUACCCUUCUCCACUCUACUCUUCUCCACUCUACCCUUCUCCACUCUACCCUUCUCCACUCUACCCUUCUACACUCUACCCUUCUCCACUCUACUCUUCUACACUCUACUCUUCUCAACACUACCUAUCUCCAUUCUACCCUUCUCCAAUUCUAUCUUUCUCUAA